UUUUAGAAAUUUUCAGCCUUAGUCUGCAAAUUGGCAUUUCAGAUUUACCAAGAUAAAUGUCCAUCUGUGUCUGCUGAAUGUAUAUGUGCUCGAUGUGGCUUUAGAUUCUGUCCCUGGGGCUUAUUAACAUUGCCAGCCCUGACAGGGCGGGGGGAAGCCCUGUGAAUUCGGUGAGCAGCCCGCCUGGGUUAUAGCAGCCUAACUUCAGACCAGCAUAAGGCUCUAAGUCCUUUCUGAACUUUGUAUUUCCAGCUUCUCCCCUUCAGGGUGAGUGAGAGGGAAAGUGGGGACGGUCUAAGUACAGCCACUCUGGGCUCAUCGGGACACUUGAUCACUCCAGAGCUUUAAUAGCUUCCAGGAGGGGAUACUGCUGUCAGUGCUCAGCUCAGAUACCAGCCCCAGGAAUAAAAACUCCAUUUCAAACAGUUCUGGCCAUCCAUCGUCCUCCACUAGAGGGGCUCAGCUCGACUGCCCUUAGCCAGGCAAGCACAGUAAUGUGUGUUUUAUUCAGCAUUAUUAUGCAAAAACCCGCUGGUUAGGUUGGUUUGUUUUAGGAUAGGAAAUGAAAUUGCCUCUCGGUGACAGGAAUGGCCCAAGCCUGCUUCCUUAUUUUGGUUUUUGGUUUUUGGGUUUUUUUUGUUUUUUGUUUUUUGUUUUAACUGAUGGAUGGUGCAGCAUGUCUACAUGGUCGUUUGUUGCUAAACUUUAUAUAAUGUGUGGUUUUGAUUCAGCUUGAAAAAUAAUCUCACUACAUGUAGCAGUACAUUAUAUGUACAUUAUAUGUAAUGUUAGUAUUUCUGCUUUGAAUCCUUGAUAUUGCAAUGGAAUUCCAACUUUAUUAAAUGUAUUUGAUAUGCUAGUUAUUGUGUGCGAUUUAAACUUUUUUUGCUUUCUCCCUUUUCUGGUUGUGCGCUUCCUUUUACAACAAGCCUCUAGAAACAGUUUCUGAGAAUUAUCGAGCUAUGUUUGUAAUGCAGAUGUACUUAGGGAGUAUGUAAAAUAAUCAUUUUAACAAAAGAAAUAGAUAUUUAAAAUUUAAUACUAACUACGGGAAAAGGGUCCAUUGUGUAAAACAUAGUUUAUCUUUGGAUUCAAUGUUUGUCUUUGGUUUUACAAAGUAGCUUGUAUUUUCAGUAUUUUCUACAUAAUAUGGUAAAACGUAGAGCAAUUGCAAUGCAUCAAUAAAAUGGGUAAAUUUUCUGAUUCAUGUGGCUGUUUUUGACUUCUGUUUAGAGGGGUGCAAAGGGGAUGAACAGAUGGCAUCUUUGGAGUGGCUAAAUGCGUUGCAUCCGAACAUGAGUGGCAUGUUAGAGGCAAAUCCAUCUUUCGUACAAACCUCCACGAUGGAGGCGAAUCAGGGCUUGGCAGGAAACACUUUUCACAAAUGGAGUGUCCAGGGCCCUAACUUAAGCUCGUCUGGUUCUGGCCCUUUGAAAGAGGCAGAAACUUCUGACACGGGAUAAUUAAACUUUGUUUCCUAGCGCGUUCCACCAGACAUCUGAAGUAUCAUUGCUGGAGGUCAGAACACCACAAGAAGAUGCUAUUUUUCCCUCCUUUCAAGCUGCACUAUUAGAAGCAUAGUCCUUUUGGAGGAGGAGCCCUUCUGAUGAGAUCUGUCUUGAUGCCAAAGUGAAUAAAAUUUGUCUAGAUUUGUCUAGAUUGAUCACUGCAGGUCUCUGAAUAUAUGCUGUACUCGUUUGAUUUGUUUUGACACAUGCGUUUCAGGCCACAUCGACCCUAGGGUGGCCAUUAAUUAAUUGUGGGGUCCUGUAGUCACGGUUGGGAGAUAGAAAUGAGACACAUUUAGGGUUUUGGACCAUAACCAAGAGAAAUGAUCAAUAGGCUGUUCUCUCCCAUUAGCAGGGAAGUCAGAAUACAUUUAUUUUGAUUUAGACUGCAACAUCUAGAUUUUUCAAAAAAAAUUUUUUUCCUAAAUAAAUGAGCAUAAAAUGAGUGUGAACUCACUGAACAUUCCCCAGUUUUGGUAAGAGAAUAUACCUGGAAACAUUCAGGUAGAAAAGAAAGGCCCUGCUGUUGAUCUCACUUCCAGAUAAUCAAGGAUUAAUUUGCUGACUUCUCAAUGAUCUGGGGUUUUUUUGUUGUUAGUUGUUUAAAUCUCAGUGAUAUUCUCUUACUUAAGCUAAAUGAGAGAGUUGGGAUAACCCCUUGAGUAAGUGGGUAGUCUGUGGGUUAAUCUGUGUUUAAAAAAAAUUUUUUUUAAUGUUUAUUUAUUUUUGAAAGACAGAGCGAGAGCAGGAGAAGGGCAGUGAGAGAGGGAGAGAGGAGCAGAGGAUUUGGGGAGAAUCUGAAGCAGACUCCAGGCUCUCAGCUGUCAGCGGGGCUCGAACUCAUGAACUGUGAGAUCAUGACCUGAGCCAAAGUCAGAUGUUUAACUGCGCCACCCAGGCACCCCUUAAUCUGUGUUUUAAUUAUGAACACCCCUGUAAAUUCAAUCCGCUUGGCUUGCUUUGUGGAAAAAUUUCCACAGGAGGUGAGGUCUAAGCCAUGGUUUCCCUAGAAUCCCGUGAUGACACCAGGUGCUUAUCACAAGAUGGCGCCAAUGAGCUAUAGAAGAAGGUGGACAAGACUUGACCACUGUGAUCUUUUUCCCCCCACCUCUUCCCCUCCAACCUCAUCUCCCCUGCUCCCAGCUUCCACUGAAAAGGCAGAAAACAAUCCAUGCUAUUAUCGCUGGGCAAGGAAAAGAUUAAUGAAGGAUGUUUCUUAAGAAGCCAGCACUGGAAGGAAGCAGGCAUUCUGGAGCAGAAACAGAGUUUGCCGAGUGUACUCUGGGACCCCUGCCUCCUGCUGCUAGCUCCUUUUACUGGGUGACUGCUCACAAGGCCUCUGCCCUGGGGUUUCAUCUCCUUCCCCUCUCCUGGGGAGCCUACAGCCUAGGCGGGAGGUGGUUAAGGCUUCUGGCUGCUCUACCAUAGGGCCAUCUGUGUUUGAUCAAUCCAGGCAGAGAGGAGGGGGUGGGGGAGGUAAAGAGACUGUGAAAGCAUUCCAGAGUAGUGAGAGAGAUCCGAGAUCCAGAAAGGGAGAAGGGACCGCCCCCACCCCGCCUCCGAAGCUGACCGGCGGGCUUGAGUGGAACAGGCACAGGACUGCACGCUCCUUCUCCUGCUGCCAUGGGGCCCUGCACGCCUCUCCUCAUCUUGUUCCUUUUGUCACAGCUGCGACCCCUUCAAGGACAGCAGCACCACCUUGUGGAGUACAUGGAACGCCGACUAGCCGCCUUAGAGGAACGGCUGGCCCAGUGCCAGGACCAAAGUAGCCGGCAUGCUGCUGAGCUGAGGGACUUCAAGAACAAAAUGCUGCCGCUGCUGGAGGUGGCCGAGAAGGAGCGAGAGGCGCUCAGAACUGAGGCUGACACCAUCUCGGGGAGAGUGGACCGGCUAGAGCGGGAGGUUGACUACCUGGAGACCCAGAACCCAGCGCUACCCUGUGUGGAGGUUGAUGAGAAAGUGACCGGAGGCCCUGGGAUCAAAGGCAAGGGCAGAAGAAACGAGAAGUACGAUAUGCUGACAGACUGUGGCUACACAAUCUCUCAGGUGAGAUCAAUGAAGAUCCUGAAGCGGUUCGGUGGCCCUGCUGGUCUGUGGACCAAGGAUCCAAUGGGGCCAACAGAGAGGAUCUACGUGUUAGAUGGGACACAGAACGACACGGCCUUCGUCUUCCCGAGGCUGCGGGACUUCACCCUUGCCAUGGCCGCCCGGAAAGCUUCCCGGGUCCGGGUGCCCUUCCCCUGGGUAGGCACGGGGCAGCUGGUCUAUGGUGGCUUUCUUUAUUAUGCCCGGAGGCCUCCCGGAGGACCCGGAGGGGGAGGGGAGUUGGAGAACACUUUGCAGCUCAUCAAAUUCCAUCUGGCAAACCGAACGGUGGUGGACAGCUCAGUAUUCCCGGCGGAGGGUUUGAUCCCCCCGUAUGGGCUGACAGCGGACACGUACAUUGACCUGGCAGCUGACGAGGAGGGCCUCUGGGCUGUCUAUGCCACUCGGGAAGAUGACAGGCACUUGUGUCUGGCCAAGUUGGACCCACAGACGCUGGACACAGAGCAGCAGUGGGACACCCCGUGCCCCAGGGAGAAUGCCGAGGCCGCCUUCGUCAUCUGUGGGACCCUAUACGUUGUCUAUAACACCCGCCCUGCCAGCCGGGCCCGCAUCCAGUGCUCCUUUGAUGCCAGUGGCACGCUGACCCCUGAAAGGGCGGCACUCCCUUAUUUCCCCCGCCGAUACGGUGCCCACGCCAGUCUCCGCUAUAACCCCCGGGAGCGCCAGCUCUACGCCUGGGACGACGGCUACCAGAUUGUCUAUAAGCUGGAGAUGAGAAAGAAAGAGGAAGAAGUCUGAGGACCUAGCUUUGGGGUUUGAAUCUCUCUCACCUCCACACAUUUAUAUCCCCACACCAUUUCCUACUUCUCAUUCUCCAGAUGUGGGCAAGUUGUGGUUCCGAGCCCAUAUUGGCAGCCAAUGGAAGCCAGAUUCUCACAGCCCCUUCGUUUCCUGUGGGACUUUAGAUCUUGAGAAAUCCUUUCAGAGCUAAAAGAGAGAAGACCCUAAGCGUUCGCUCCUCUCCUGCCUUACGUCAAUGAAUUUCGGACCAGAGACCACAAAGACCCAGAGCUCUGACCCUUGUAUGGGGGCCACCCCAGCAAAUGAGCCAAAAAGUAUUUCUUGCCUCAGUGUGAGUCCGGGCACGUGGGGUGGGGUGGGGUGGGGGGAAGGUGGUUGGGAGGGUGGGCAGAGUUCUGGGAGGAGAUUUUUCAACUCUGCCCUGCCUCCCUUCUCCCCUUAGCGCCCUGGAGAACACGACUUUCUCCACGUCGUUUUGUAUUGCAACAUUUUGCAUUAAAAGGCACAUCCACUGCU